AUGGUCAUCAUUCCUGGGGGGAACCACGACCGCUUGACAUGGUCACUGCCCGUGCCGGUCCCUCCCGCGUCCCGCCCUCCUCCGCCGCCGCCGCUCCCGCCCCGGCCCCCCGCCUCGGCGCUCGGGAGCGUGGAGCCGCCCGCGCCCCCGCCCGCCGCAGCGCCCUCGCCGCCAUUCGCCACCGAAACUUUCCAGCGCGCGCGCCGCUCGGACUCGGCGGCGGGCGGGGGCGCGGGGGGGGGCGGCGGCUGCUGCGGGCGCCGGGCCCUCCUCGGCCCCGGCUCGGCCCGGCGGCUCGGCCCGCGGGGUUGGCUGGGCGCGGCGGCGCCGGCGAGCGGCCCAGCGCGCGGUGAGGUGACGGACGGCAGCCGGCAGCCGGCACGCACGCCCAGGACGGGGACGGGGCCGGGGCCCGCCCGCCUUCGGCUCUGGUGAGUGACGCGGUG